AUGAUAGAGACAUACGACAAACCUCCUGAGACGAUCCUGUUCUGGCAGUGCAGGCAGCGGCUUGACACGAAAACAAAAUGCAAAUAUCUCAAUAACAAGGAAAACAUGACUUGCAACGGCUGCAAAUCAAAACGGGGCAAAGGAGAUGUUGCCCUCGAUCAGUAUAAACGCAAAAUUGGUGUUCUGCAGAAGGUGGAAGGCGUGGUGGAGUAUUGGGAGCAUUUGGAGCCAAAGGACUCGAUUCAAGAGGGAGGGACUGGAGUGUGA